AUGGACAACGAUAGUAAUGAUGACACUGUGAACUAUGAAACUAUAUUAAGUGAGUGUUUGGAGCAGUCAUGUGAACGUUUAAUUGCAUCGAUCAGUUCAAUAAUGGAUCUUAUCGUUCAAAAAAUUCAACAAAACUGUUCAAAUAGUAUUCGCCAAGUACUAGACAUACCGCGUCAAUAUCGUUGGACUAAUCGAGAGUUUCCUUCUAAUGCAUCUUCAUAUGUAUCAAACAUUAUACAUCCUUUAAUGAAACUCGAUGGUUUAGGAUUACGUUUAUCUCAAUCAGUCCCUAACGCUCAACCAUUUUUAUCUACUUUAAUAAAGAAAUGCAUCACAACUGUUACUCAUGACUAUACAGCUCAACUAUCAGAAGUGUCUACAUCAGUGCGAAAAAUGGAAGAUAGUAUACGGCGAUUACGUGAAGUUAGACGUAGUAGUUCCCAAAUUUUCAACCAACCUCAAUCUGUCAAUGGUAGUAGUGGAUUUCACUCAGAUGAUAAAAUUCGUCAUCAAUUGUACUUGGAUGCUAAAGCAUAUAUUGAUGAAGUAAGGAAGUUUUGGAGUUUAGAUCGAGAUUAUACAUGUGAGUUGGACGAUUUUAUGGAACAAAUAGACACAAUUCGAACGGAACCAAAUGUCUCCAUUAUGAAUACUAUUCCAGCAGUUAGUCAAGAGUGA